ACAGAUCUUUAAAGAGGAGAGAGGACUGUACCAGGACAAGGUGUUCUGCUUCAUCCAUCUGAGUGUUCAGGAGUUUCUGGCUGCUCUUCAUGUCCAUCUGACCUUCAUCAACUCUGGACUCAAUCUGUUGAAUCUAGAAACACCGCAGGUAUUUAAACCCCCCCAAACAAAAUUCAUACUAAAUUUCUUCUACCAGAGUGCUGUGAACAAGGCCUUACAGAGUCCAAAUGGACACCUAGACUUGUUCCUCCGCUUCCUCCUGGGCCUUUCAUUGCAGACCAAUCAGACUCUCCUACGAGGUCUGCUGACACAGACAGAAAGGAGCUCACAGACCAAACAGGAAACAGUCCAGUAUAUCAAGGCAAGGCUCCAUGAAAAUCUGUCUGCAGAGAAAAGCAUCAAUCUGCUCCACUGUCUGAACGAACUGAACGAUCAUUCUCUACUGGAGGAGAUCCAGCAGGGCAGGAGUUCAGGAAGUCUGUCCACAGGUAAAUUGUCUCCUGCUCAGUGCUCAGCUCUGACCUUCAUCUUACUGUCAUCAGAAGAUCUGAAUGAGUUUGACUUCAAGAAAUAUUCUGCUUCAGAGGAGGCUCUUCUGAGAAUGCUGCCAGUGGUCAAAACCUCUAAAAAAGCUCUGCUGAGCAACUGUAACCUGUCAGAAAAAGGCAUUGAAAUUCUGUUGCCAGUGGUCAGCUCCCAGUCCUGUAGUCUGAGAGAGCUUGACCUGAGUACCAACAGCCUGAAGGCUUCAGCAGUAAAGCUUCUGUCUGCUGCAGUGGAGAGUCCACACACCAAACUGAAUAUUCUGAGACUUAACAUCUGUGAACUCUCAGAGGAAAACUGUGAAGCUCUGUCCUCAGUUCUCAGCUCACAGUCAUUGAGACUGACAGAGCUGGACCUAAGUAUCAAAAACCUGCGGGAUUCAGGAGUGAGGCUUCUGUCUGCUGGACUACAAAGUUUAAACUGUAAACUGAUUACUCUGAGACUGAAUGGAUGUAACGUCUCAGAGAGAAGCUGUGAAGAUCUGUCCUCAGUUCUCAGUUCCCAGUUCUCUAGUCUGAGAGAGCUUGACCUGAGUAACUGUGACCUGCAGGAUUCGGGAGUAAAGCUUCUGUCUGCUAGACUAAAGAAUUCACAGUGUGCAGUGGAAACUCUCAGUUUGCAUUUUGUUCUUGUGUCUUUGAGCUCAUCUCUUCUCUUUCCCCUCACCCUGCAACCAGUCAUGGUAGACGCUCCUCCUGGAGCCUGCAUUCACAGGGAGGAUCUUUGUGUCAAAGUCUGUCAGGCUGUCUGAUUACAGAGGAAGGCUGUACUUCUCUUGCUUCAGCUCUGAGC